UCCCGCCCCCCCCCCCCCCCCCCUCUUUUUCGUGUUCCCGUCAUGAUGUUCCGGGACCAGGUGGGAAUCGUGGCCGGUUGGUUCAAGGGCUGGAAUGAAUGUGAGCAGACGGUGGCUCUGCUCUCACUGCUCAAGCGCGUCACCCGUACGCAGGCCCGGUUCCUGCAGCUCUGCCUCGAGCACUCGCUGGCCGACUGCGCCGACAUCCACCUCCUGGAGGCCGAGGCCAACAGCGCCGCCGCCAUCAGCCAGUGGCCACAGGAGCCGGCGGAGGCCGCGGUAGCCCUGCUGUUGGCCCACUUGCCGCUGCUUCAACCGGGCAACGCGGCGGCCAAGGCCGAAUACAUGAAGCGUUUGCAGAAAGUGUUGGCGGACGCCAUCGAGAGCAACCGGUGUGUGGAGGAAAGUCGACAGCUUCUCUCCUAUGCCCUCAUCCAUCCUGCCACCACGCUGGACGACCGCAGCGCCCUCGCCCUUUGGUUGGGCCACUUAGAAGAGAGAUUGGCUACUGGGGCUUCCUCGCAACCCCCACGGCCUCCCCGACCUCCCGAGGCCCCGCGACGGCCGCCCCCUCCUCACGAAUGGCCGGAGGCGGCUUCCGAGUUGGGGGCCACAGCGUGGGGUGAAGCGGCCCCACGGGAGAACGGGCACGCGGGGGCUUUUCAGCCCUCCAGCAGCGGGAACGGCCUGGGGGGAGCAGCCUUGCUGCAGCCGAGCCCCCUGAAGCGCCCGCUGUCGCUGCUGCCCGGCAGCCCCCAAGGAGGAGGAGGAGGGGUGGGCAGCGAUUGGUCGGGGGGGGCAGUGGUCGGUGAGGAUCCCCCCGCGCCCCCACGUCCCCCACCUUUUGGGGACCACGCGCCGCUGUCCCCCCAAAGCAGCGUGGCCUCUUCGGGCAGCGAGCAGACGGAGGAGACACCUGGCGGCCGUAACAGCUUCCAGGAGGAUGGAAGCGGCAUGAAAGAUGUCCCCUCGUGGCUGAAGAGCCUACGGCUCCACAAGUACGCAGCGCUCUUCUCCCAGAUGAGCUACGAGGAGAUGAUGACGCUGACGGAGCGACACCUGGAGUCACAGAAUGUCACCAAGGGUGCGCGGCACAAGAUCGCCCUCAGCAUCCAGAAGCUGCGGGAGCGGCCGAGCGUGCUGCGCGCGCUGGAGAAGGACAUCCUGGAGGGGGGGAACCUGUGGUCGGCACUGCAGGAGCUCCAACAGAUCUUGGCAACCCCCAUCAAGGCGUUUCGGCCCCCCCCGGCCGCGCCCCCCACCCCCGGCCCCCCCGAUGGGGCCCCCCCCGCACCCCCCCCCGCUGACGCCUUCGCCCCCCACCCCGGCACCGGCGACACAGAAGCCCCCGCGGCCCCCGUCCCUGACGGUGACAUCCCGGGGCAGUUCACCCGCGUCAUGGGCAAAGUGUGCACGCAGCUCCUGGUGUCGCGUCCGGACGAGGAGAACAUCACCAGUUACCUCCAGCUCCUCGAGAAGUGCCUGAGCCACGAGGCGUUCACGGAGACGCAGAAGAAGAGGCUUCUGUCUUGGAAGCAGCAAGUGCUGAAGCUGCUCCGCGCCUUCCCCAAGAAGGGGCUGCUCGACGGCCCGGGCUACCGCCCCCCAAAAGGGUGGGCAUUCGGCUCCAACUCGCUCCCCAUAGCUGGCUCUGUGGGGGGGGCGGGGGGGCGGCGGGGGGGGCAGCGCCCCUUCCCUUUGCCCCCCCGCCCGCUGCCCCCCCCUGCCCGCUUGGGGCUGCUGGGACCCACGGCGGGGGGGGCGCCGGCUCCGAGGCCCCCCCUCGGUGGUGGGGCUCCCCCCCUUGGCGCGCAGGGACGGCAGAGCCUGUGGUUUGGCGCAGGGGGGUCUGGGGGGGCCCCCGGGAGCCGCAGCGCUGUGCAGCGCACACACUCGCUGCCUGUUCACCCCUCGCCCCCGGCGCUGCUCGCCUUCCCCCAGGAGUGCCCCCUCCCCGGCACCGACCUGGAGAUCAACCCCACGCUGGAGUCGCUGUGCCUGAGCAUGACCGAGCACGCGCUGGGAGACGGAACAGACAAGACCUCCACCAUCUGAUGGCGCUGCCCUCCCCUUGGGGUGGGGGGGGACACCCCAAAAACACCUUUGGGGGGUGCAUGGGGGGAAAAUAACCCUCCCUGCCGCCCCCCCAUCAAAAAAAUCAGGGGGAUCCCCCCCUUCCUUCCUCCCCCCCCGGGGGGGGUGUGUGUUACACUACUGGGGGGGGGAAUCGGUUGCAUUUUAAGCCCCCC